AUGUCUGACCAAGUUGGAGCGGUGCAUCAGCAGCCCCUGCACGGCGCGCCUCGGACCCUGGACAUUUACGCGUGCCAGCGACAGCCGUGCGUCUCAGUGAGGCAAGUGAGACACACCAGCCUCGACAUCCAGAGAGACAACUUAGAGGCAGAAGAGGAAAUGAAUGACCACGACCUGUGCAGUUUUGACGGGUCAACUGACUGUGACAAAACCCCGGAGAGGAACAAACCCAGACUGCGCAGGAAGCCUCGGGUCCUCUUCUCCCAGUCACAGGUGUCGGAGCUAGAGAGGCGCUUCAAGCAGCAGCGCUACCUGUCCGCCCCGGAGAGAGAGCACCUCGCCCACAUCCUCAAGCUCACCUCCACCCAGGUCAAAAUCUGGUUUCAGAACAGGAGGUACAAAUGCAAGCGCCAAAGACAGGACAAAUCCUUGGAGCUGGCGGGAUAUCCACCUGCGCCCAGGAGGGUGGCAGUGCCUGUCCUGGUUCGGGACGGCCAGCUCUGCACCUCAGGGUGUCACUCAGCUCCGUACAACGUGACGAUCGGACCCUAUAAUCCUGUAUUUGGAUAUGCAAACAGCGGCGUGUAUGGCUGCACUUAUCACAGCGUGUCAUCCUCAAGCAGCGUGACUGCCAGUCAGGUACCCACUAACCAGCUGGCUGAUAUACUAGGGAACAGCGAGGGGCCCUUCAGCCACGGACACUUCCAGGCACCUUUACAGGGUGUAAGAGGCUGGUAG